AACUUAUCAAACUUCUCAACUUCUCAUCAUUCUCAUUCUCAACUUCUCAUUCUCAACCAAACCACUCAACAAAAUGUCAUCCAAUUCAAUCUCAAAUCAAAAAUCAACUUGGGCAAGACGUUUAUCAGCAUCAGCAUGUUUAUCAUUAACCGAUCCAAACUUUACAAGAUACAUGGAUAAUGUAGCUUUACCAGGUGGAUUAAGAUCUGAAUUUAGAUUACCAAAGAAAUCAGCUAUCAAUUCAACUUCAAGUUCGAUCACUGAUCAUAGUUCUUCAACAGCUCCUACUUCUAUUGACGAUGAAGAAACCGAUGCAUGUGUUUACCUUUGUGGAAAUUCACUUGGACUUCAACCACGUAGAGCUGCAGAAAUGGUUUUAGAAGAAAUGGAUGUUUGGGCUGAACGGGCUGUGAAUGGUCAUUUUGAUCAUCCUUUGGGUAGGAACUGGGCUGAUUUUGCGGAUUUGUGUUUACCUACUUUGGCUUCUUUAGUUGGUGCUUCAUCUACUUCUGAAGUAGCUGUAAAUGGUUCUUUAACUACAAAUCUACAUAUGCUCAUGAUUACAUUUUAUCGACCUACCAAAGAACGGUACAAGAUCCUUUUAGAAGCCAGAGCUUUUCCAUCCGAUACAUAUGCAUUGACAAGUCAAGUUGAAAUGCAUGGUUUUGAUCCUUCCGAGUCUCUUGUCUUUUUAUCUCCACGAGAAGGAGAAUACCAUCUAAGAACCGAAGAUAUUCUUUCCACAAUCACCAAAGAAGGACCCAGCAUCGCUCUAGUUCUCUUACCAGGUGUUCAAUACUACACAGGUCAAGCUUUUCCAAUCCAACAAAUCACAUCAGCAGCACAUCAACAAGGUUGUAUAGUCGGAUGGGAUUUGGCACAUGCGAUUGGAAAUGUAGUCUUAGACUUGCAUUCUUCUCAAGUCGAUUUUGCGGUUUGGUGUUCUUAUAAAUAUUUGAAUGCUGGACCGGGUGCGAUUGCUGGGUUUUUUGUUCAUGAGAAAUGGACUUCUCAACCAGAUGGAUUAAAUGGUAGACCUCGUCUUGCAGGUUGGUUUGGACAUAAUCCAGAAACUAGAUUCAAGAUGCCUGAAAGAUUUGAACCGAUCAAAGGAGCCAAUCAAUUCGUUCAUUCCAAUCCAUCGAUCUUUUCACUAAUCAAUUUAUAUUCUUCAUUCCAAUUAUUUUCAAUUUAUCCUGGAGGAUUUAAAUCACUAAGAAGUAGAUCCGAAGAAUUAACAAGUUAUUUAGAAAUCGGAUUAAAAGGAUUAAAAACGUAUCAAGAUUUGACUUCCGCUUCUUCGAUUUCAAAUCAACCAAAGUUUUCGAUUAUCACUCCUUCGGAUCCUAAAGCUAGAGGAUCUCAACUUUCUUUAAUCUUUUUACCUAUUGGUAAAGGUUUAAUGAAUGAAGUUCAUCGAAAGUUGAUCGAAAAAGGGAUUCUUUCAGAUGAAAGAGAACCUGAUGUUUUAAGGUUUUCACCGGUAGCUCUUUAUAAUACAUUUGAAGAUUGUAGAAAAUCAAUUGAAGCUUUAGAUGAAGUGAUGAAUGAACUUUCUUAAAUAUCAAUCAAACGCAAGUUUUUUUGGAUUGGUUGGUCUUUAUUUUUCGAUAUAGAUGGUAUUGUAUGAUCUCAACUAUCUUUGAGUCUUAUCUGAUGACAUAUCUUGUUGUAUUUCUUAUUUUAUUAUUUUCUUGGUUUCUUGAUCUGUUUAACUCUUAUCACCAAAGAUCGCAGUUGUAAAAUUAUGAUCAAUUGAAACAAAUCUCUUUCAGCAUACCAAUUUUUUUUGAAAACAUACUUUGACAUCG